GCCACGUCGCUGAGCCUGUCAACCUUCCCCUUCGACCCCUCGUCCUCCAAUCACCAUGACCUCUGAACUGGAGAGUAGCCUGACCUCAAUGGACUGGCUGCCCCAGCUCAGCAUGAGGGCGGCCAUCCAGAAGGCAGACACAGGACACCACCACAGCCACCACCACGGACACCAUCACCACAGUCACCAUCACGGGCACGGGCCUGGCAAGAAAAUCGUCCAUCUGGACCCAGGAACGACGCUGGACCAAGAGGAAGUUGCACAGCACAGAGAUGGUAAACCUCCCUACAGCUAUGCCAGUCUCAUUACCUUUGCCAUCAACGGCUCGCCGCGCAAACGGAUGACCCUCAGUGAGAUCUACCAGUGGAUCUGUGACAACUUCCCCUACUACCGAGAGGCAGGCAGUGGCUGGAAGAAUUCUAUACGACACAACCUGUCCUUGAACAAGUGUUUUCUCAAAGUGCCUCGCUCCAAAGACGACCCUGGAAAAGGUUCCUACUGGGCCAUAGAUACCAAUCCUAAAGAAGACACAGUACCCAGCAGGCCAAAGAAGAGACCGCGAUCUGGAGAAAGGGCAUCUACUCCUUACAGCCUAGAGUCCGAGUCUCUGAGAAUGGACUGCAUCAUGUCAGGAGGGGCGUCUCCCACACUGGCCAUCAAUGCUGUGACCAACAAGGUAGCGCUGUACAACCCUGAGGCAGAGGGCAGUGAGAGUCCAGGGAGUUUGGGCGGCAGCCUCAGCAACAGUCUUUCAGAGCAGAGUUUGGCGUCCGUCAACCUUAACAACCUGAACACUGCCGUCAGCAGCGGCAGCAACGUACACAGCUACACACCAGUGAGUACCCACUCAGAGCCUUCACCCCAGUCCCUGAGCCUUCAGCAGCCCGCCCAGCCCCCGCCGCCUCCCCCUCCCCCCUCACAGCCCCAGUACGGUUUGCCCGUCCCGGAGUCGCGGGAAAAGCAGCUCUGCUUCUCGGACUUCGAGGACCUCAGUGCUUCUUUCCGCAGUCUUUACAAGUGCGUCUUUGAGCAGUCUUUCUCACAAGGUCUGAUGGGUAUGCCGGGUGACUCCAGCCAGCAGGCCCGGACCGCCUGCUCUUACCAGCACUCUCCUGGUGCGGGAAACAGCGGGGGCCACCACCACCAACACAACCACGGCCAGGCGCCGCACCACGCCCACCACCCUCAGCAGCACCUGUCCCCUCACUCCACCCACGGCCAGCACCAGGCACACGGUCAGCAUGGUCAGCACCAACAGCACCCUGCGCACUCCCAGCAGCACCCGUCUCUCUCCCACCAGAGUCACACUGGACAGACCUGCCCCUCAACAGGUAUUUCAUCAGACUGGUACCCCAACCUGGACUGGCUGAAGGAGAGCUGCCGCAUUGCUACCAGCUACAACUGGGCUGACGUAGACCUCUCCCCAUUUCAAGGUCUGAAGGAGAGCAUGCGACAGGCCGAGCUCAACAACUGGUCGCUGGACGCCGCCCAGAUGGCCGACCUGUGCUCCUCCAUUAACCAGUUCUUCACAGCCACAGGGGUCAUCCCCCCUCAGGGCGCCACCCACCCACAACCUCAGGUCCAACACCCGACACCACCAGGAGCACCACAGCACCCGGCUCAGCCACAUGGGGCCAUGCACCCAAAGGCUAGCCAGCACAAUCAGCAUGGGCAACACAACCAACAUAACCAACACAUCAGCACGGGGAACAUGUACAUGGACUCCAGACAGAACAUGUCCUCACUGAUGGGCCCACCAGGAUACCCCCACAUGCCUCCGAUGAGCAACACGGCUCCCACCAUGACAGGUCAUCACAGCCAGCUGAGCCAGCAGCAGCAGCAACACACGCUGCCUCCGGGACACUUCCAAGUGAGACGCAUGCUCGCUGCAGACGACAUCCAGGAUGACUUUGACUGGGACUCCAUUGUCUAAACGGAGCCGUCGGUUGAACAGAGGGACGAGAGAGACUGGAGAUGAGAGACAGAGGCGACAUGUGAUGACAGGUGAGGUAUGGAACUGACCAACCUGCUCCUUUCACCAGUGUGAAAAAAAAACAGAAGA